AUGAGGUUGAUGCAAGCUUCCUGUGACUUCUGGUCUGCUAUAUUCUCAAUUAGAGAUAAGCCAGAUACUUGUAAUAUCAAGAUUGACUGGUUACCUAGUUAUUCAGAUCUGAAGAGAGCUCUCCAAACAUAUGGCUUUUCUUUUGAUUUAUUUUCUAAGUCUUCAGCAGACAUUCAGAUGGUUUCUGCUGAUUCUGUAAUAGCAGGACCACCGCAAAACAUUCAAUGUUGGAUAAAGUUUGUUGGUUUCUGUUGCCAAUCAAGGGAUGCUGAUAUAAUCGCCUCAACUCAAGAAGUACAAGAAUUGCUGGUUAUAAUUAUCUCUCUCUUUCUAGAUCGACAACUUGUAGGACUAGCUGUUAUAUUGCAUGAGAGCUUGCACUCAUUACUUAAUUCCUUCAAAGAGGAGAAGUGGCCCAACUGCUGUGAUAACGUAGCAAAAUCUGUUGCGUCAAGAGUGGUGGAGAGAAUUGAGGGAGACAAUGAGAGAAGUAAGCAGCUUCGAAUUGCAGUUGCACUACGAUUUCUUGCAGCAAUUUUAAAAAAGAAGACAUCUGCUCUUAUACAACAACAAAAGUACAUAACUAGCCACUGGGAAAACAUUGAUUAUUCUUGA